CCGGCGGCAGUCAUCAUGUUCUGCUCAGGCAUGUAUUGAUGCCAUGUUCCAUACCUAUUACCAUCAACUCUCCACCCUUACUACAUUGCUGUCCUCCGCAUUUUACUCUAGUGCUCACUUGAGCUACCUCAAGUCUAUAGAUCCGCAAUGUCUCAACAACAGCGUAUUAUCGACUCUGUUUUCUCCAAAAAUGGGGAAACCUACAUCGCUCACAUCAAAAUCUGGGAAGAUAAUCCUGAGAACGGAGGGAAAAAACCAAGAUAUAUUCUGCUCUCGCAGGCGAGCAACGGUAAUGGUUUUAUCCACAAGUCCAAGUUGAACACCAACGGCACUUUCUCCGUUGGCAAGACGUGGAGACUCGCAGAACUGAGGGGACUACAGGUCAUCAGUCCUCAGGCCUUCAAUAUAACUCUCGCCAGAACAUACAAAUGGCAAACGGAGAACGAACGAGAUCAGGAAAGUUUUCUGAGAGCAAUCGUCAGACUUCACCAAGCAGUGACUGGAGGAUUACCACCUUUGAAAUUGGAGGGGUUGGGUGAAAGUUCUCAACCCGGCCGUCAAAAAAUACAAAGCGAUUAUUUGAAGUCGAACAGACCUUCUUCCCCAGACACCCCGCCAUCGAGAAGAGCAAGAUCACGGCCUCAAACACCUCAGAAUGACCGCGAACCUGAACCCCAGCGAACCCCUCCAACAGCACGAAAUGGCAUGCCAUCCCGACCAGUAUCACCCACUGCUUCGACACGCCCUUCCAGUCGUCACAGAGAAGCUCAAUCUCAAAGCAGUACCUUACGCCCUCCACGAUCCUCGAAUACCACCAAUCCUUCGAUAAAUGGCUCAUUCAAUGGCGAAACACGAGGCAUCCCAAUUACCCGAACUGCGACAGACAACACCGUCUCAUCCGUGUCUCGCCAUUCACUCGAAGAAUCUCCUCGCACGAACACACCACCUCGAUCACGGCCUGCUUCCCCUGCUUCUUCCAGUCGCUCACGCAAACCUCGUGCACCUCCUCCCACCGAACCACCACCGCCGAGGCGUGAACAGAACACUCGAAUAUCAUUCUUUGAUCCUGCAAAUCAAGCUGCUAUCGAUCGUUUACUCUCUGGUUCUAGUGAAGCCGAGGGGGAAGAAGAAAACGCAGUAGCUACGAUGUCCAAUGUAGAAGAGAUGAUUGAGGGCUAUGAAUGGGCCAGUGAUGAUGUAAUGGGUCGAAAGACUGCAAGGGGAGCUGCUGAUCUGAUCGAAGAACGUCUACUGGAUGAGUUAAUGGCUUUAGAGAAGGCAAACAUUCAUUCUUUCCUAGAGUCGGACGACCGUGUCGCACUCGUUCUGGAAUAUAUGGAUAAAGCAAUAGCCGAACUGGAUAACAUUGAUGGUCUUGUCUCAACCUACAAAAUCCACAUGAAUGCUGUUAGCGACGAUAUCUCUUUCAUCCAGUCCCAAAACAGAGGUUUGCAGGUACAGAUCCAGAAUCAAAGGGCUCUUCUGGGUGAACUUGAGAAUCUUCUCAAAACAGUGCAAGUAGAUAGGGAGGUCCUCUUAAUCUUGACUCAAGAAUCCCUCGAGAAGACAACGAGUAUAGCACGAUUAGAAGAGGCUGCUGCGGAACUUUAUAAAGCCCUUCAGGCAGGACGAGAUACUGAUAUGGCUGCAACCAUGGAACGACUUUCCGAGUACAGGACCCACAAUGCCCAGUUCUGCAAACGGAUAUUCGAUUUCCUUUCAAUCAUGUUUACGGCGCAGUCGAAACUAUUGCUAGGCAACAACAGUGGGCUCACGCCGGGGUCAGCCAAAACCAAACCCACGAUUCUACCGCACAACGAUCUAGAGGCAUACUUGGGCAGAUAUUCUGGCUUGAUGCUUUACUUGAAGGAGAUGGACGAAAGUGUGUACGGGAAACUAUGCGCGACCUAUUUUUCAGCGUCCAGUGAUUUACACGGAACCCAAAUUAAAGUGUUGUUGUCCACGUACGCCAACUAUAUCAAGAAAGCUAAUGAAGAUACCCAAGAUCAUUUGGUCACCACGCCUACGCCAACAACAGGAAAGACGACUCCAAUGCGGCGGGCUGGUACUAUAAUUCGUUCGCCGCUAGAAGCUCGAAACAAAGACAAAGACAAGGCCCCUGACGGAGAUAUGCGAGCUUCAGAGGUUCUCGGCCUCGUUCUCGAGCAAAUCUCUCCACUGAUAUAUAAAGAAGAUGAAUUCCUCACCGACUUCUUGCAAAACAACGACGCGGCACUGACAUAUGCCGAUUACAUGAACUUGGACAGCUACUUCCGAAGACAAGCUACACGGGGUCCUGGACUUAGCUCUGCAACCUUAAAGCUCAUUCGUGGCGCCCUGGAUCUCAUUUUUGGCUUUUUGGCCACAGAGUUGAAGUCCUGGCUCGAUCUGGCGCUUGCAAAGGAUAACAUGCAAAUUGUGGGACUCAUCGCUACUAUCGAACGGUUCAUAGCCGACAGCGAUGACAGGAUCAAUGACUUCUUGCUCAAUAUACUGAGCAAGCAGCAGACCCGUCUGAAGGCCCUGUUUGACAGACAUAUUGUAGAGUUCCUUUUUUAAACCAAUUGCAAAACUGAUAGCCCUUAAAUUGACUUUUUUUUAUUCAGGCAGAGCAGAUCCAGCUUGUCGAACAGACAAAGCUCACCAGUAAGAAGAGAAAGGGCGUAGCACCUUUCGUGAAACGAUUCCCGGUGUACAUAGGACGAGUAGAAACUCAACUUGUCGGUUGCGAUGGACUAGAAGUCCGAAUGAAUGUCGAUGCUGCAUACGAGAAAAUCGUUCAGACGAUGUUCGAGUCCUUGAAACAAAUGGCGAAGAUGGAUGGUGAAGGUGAAGAUAAAGGACAGCUUAAUUACCACGUCAUUCUUAUAGAAAACAUGCACCAUUUUGCGGCCGAAAUGUCGCAAUUGGAUAUCGGCUCUGUUGCAGGUUUUGUCAGAAAGGCUGAAGCGAUUUACGACGAAAACUUGAAUGCAUACGUCAAGAUUGUUCUCAGACGGCCAUUUGCCAAGAUAAUCGACUUCUUCGAAGGUGUUGAACGGCUGCUAAAGAACGCUGCUGCCAGCGAGGUCUCAACCAACAGUAGUUAUAAUCGGUCAGCACUCAAGAAGGUUGUGAAAGAGUACAACGCGAAGGAUAUACGGAAACACGUCGACACACUCUUCAAACGAGUAGAGAAGCAUUUCACGGAAGCAUCUGAGAAAGCUACGACAGAAGAGAGCGGCGGAAUUACUCCCGGUACCGUCUUAGUUGGCGUAUGGAAAGGGUGUGAGGGAGAGAUGCUGAGGAUCACAGAUCUGUUCAACAAGAGAAUCUCUCAAUGCUAUGGAGACUCUGGUAUCACGUUGGAAUACUCUACAUCGGAUGUAGAGAGUGCUUUUAAACGUCAUAGUGUGGGGACGUGAAGGACUUGGUUCUAUUUGAUUGAUUGAAGUCUUAAACACCGGAUACCACCUGUAAUAUAUACAGUCCUC